CUUCAUUCAGGACUGAUGGCUCAAGCAGAGGAGCUGGAGCAGAUCAUGACAUGGCUGACUGAGGAAGGUUUUGCACCUGAGGCCUCCAAAGAGGCUCAGCUGGCUUUUCUGUGGCGAACCUUCCUUCACACCCGAAGCUGUCUGGACAGUGUGACUAAAGAUCUGGGAGCCAAACAGUUGCAACAUUUAGCAGAGAUGGCAGAGGUACGCAAGUCCUUGGAGCAGAUCAAAAUCUUCACAGAGCAGAAAGACGUUUUGGCUCAGGAGAUACAAGAUGAGAACGAGCAACUCAGAAAGCAGCUGGUGCACCUCGUGUCGCUGCAAGAUUCCCAGGUAAACGAAGUUGCUGGAAUGUUGUACCAGCAGGGUCUCACUGAGCUGAUUCACAGCUCCCCCAGUGAGCAGGUGGCAUAUCUCCUGGUGGAGAGAGCUUCCCUGCUCGAGAUGAAUCAGGAUCCUGGUGAUGGAGACCUGGAGAGUCGACUGAGGACCCACGCAGAACCACUGAACCCCGUCAUAUGUGCGCCCACCCACAAGAGGUCCCCACGACCUUUACAAAGCUCCUGGAAGAAAAUAUUUGGAUUCCAUAAGACUUUGCAGAGCAAACACACCUUUGUACCUGGUGGGGAGACACCGUUGGCCGGUGAACCAAGACGUUUGGAGAAGGAGUGUUCCCGACUGGAGCGGGAUGUGGAAGAAGGUUCCCGCAGGCUUGCCAUGGCCCACAACGAGAUCCGGCAUUUGAAAGAUGAACUGGAGUCUGCUCACUUUACCCAGAAAACAUAUGAGCCCGAGCUGCAGGCAGCACAGGAGGAGGUGAAGCAUCUCAGGAAAGAAGUAGGAAAACUAAAAGAAUAUGAAAUGGUUGAGCUGCGGAAGGCCAAAGAGCUUAAUGACCGUCUGGACCUUGAGAUCAGAGCCUUGAGAAACAGAGUCCGCUCACUGGAUGCAGAGAAAAAGUCUCUGGAGAAGACGAUGGCGUCUCAGCAGGAGGACGUUGAGCGUUUGGGAUCAGCCCUGCAGGAGCAGCAGCGAUUAUUGACGAUGGAGGUACAAGGUGACCAGAACAAAGAAGACGACAAAAUGCAAGGAGCCGAACUGACGACGGGCGAUAAAUCACACAUAAUUUUGCAAGAAUACUUACCUGCACUGACACAACAAGCCAUGGAUACAAAGGAGGGAGGUGUUGAAUCUCUGCAGGAGGUAGUGAAGCAGUUGGAGUUGGCCGUAAGGAACCUCCAGGGUUCUUACACGCUUCCGUUAGGCCAAGCUAGUGAUUUAACCAAUUUCAUGACAACAGACGAAACUCCGGUCAAUGAAACCUGCAAUGAUGAGCAAGAUAACCUCAGUUUUCAAUCAAACUGCCUCGUGGAGAAGCAGCCGGAAGACGAGUGUCUUCAGGUUUUACAGAAUUACCAAAGCAACAUUAACGACUUUUUAACUGUUAGAGACAUCUGCUCACAGCUGGAGCAAUCCGGUAGGACAGAAGAGUUUCCCUCACAGGACAGCUCCACACUCGAGGAGAGUUCUGAAUGUCCCAAAGGGAGGCAGGCUCCGAUGUUUGAUGAAGAAGAGCGUGAGUCUUAUAAGGAGCAGAUCUGUAAAGCACUUAACUGUAUUGAUGAGGAGCGAAGUAAAUACCACAACAUGAAGGCAAGAUUACUGGAAAAACUGUCCCGAGCCAAACAGAAACUGGAUGAAGAAACCGUGUGGCGGGACAAGAAGAUAAACAAUUUGGAGAGAGAGUUGUCCUUGUGCUACCACUCAUUGAAAAAGGAGAAAGAAGUCGUCGAGUGCAUAAGAGUGGAAAACGAGCGGCUGCUUAGCGAGAGGAGGAAACUGUUAAAGCAGCUCAGUGAGGAGGAUGACAACAUGAAAAACAUCAAAUUAACAGCCUGUGUGUCUAAAAACAGGGUUCAGUUUUUAGAGACAGAGAACAAGAACCUGGGGAACAAAGUGCUGCAAAUGUCCAGCCAGAUUUCCUCCCUGGAACGCAAGUUGCAGAACAUGCAGUUUAUGCAUUUUGCUGAGGAACUUCAGAAAAUGUCAACUAUCCCACAGAAACUUUCGCCUGUCUCGGUUCAGACAGCAAGGAAGAUGCUGUCUGAGAUUCAAGACCUUUCGGAUACUCCUCCAGAGUGUGACACCAAGCAGCCAGAUGUGACUCUCUCCCCUGAUGCCUCUGUGCCCUCAAAUCGAACCACAGAGCUCGGCUACCUCAACCUGACUUCACUCCAGACUCUCUCAGACAAGUCAAAUCCAGAUUCUGGUCUCGUUACUUCUGAAAACACAGCUCCCUGAGCUUUUCUAUCUAAAAUAUGAUAAAACUGCGCUGAAGCUAU